UGGUGACCCCUCCCAGCGCUGCCACUAGCACCGCACUCUGACGCGCUCCUCUCCCGGAUUGGAUCGCAUCCCCGUUGCCCUUGCAGCACUACACAACCUAUUCCCAAUCACCCCGCUCUCCAAAAUCACACAUUUCUCCGAACGCAUGCCAUGGAGCGCAGAGAGGAAGUGGUGAUGCUCGCCUCUGGUGAGGGGGGGCGUCUGGCGUCAGGUUUGGCCGGAGAGGCGCAGGGAAAGCCGGGGCACAGAGGCUGCAUGAGCCCCUACUCCUCCAGAGACACGUCCGAGGAGAGGAUCCGGAGCGUGGGGGCGUCUUCUGCCGGAGCGGACAUCAGCAGGCAGCCGGCCGGGGAACAGACGCAUAAAGACGGCAGUAGCUCGGACCCUGAGUCGGACUUCUACGAGGAGAUAGACGUGAGCUGCACGCCGGAAAGCAUGGACUAUCCCUCGGCUAAAGGUCCUAACGGAGACUCCCCGCACCACCACCACCACGCAGAGAGCAGCACGGAUCCGGGAAAGGCCACGCCAGGCCCGGGCUCUCUGUCCUACGCAGCGGACCAGAUUCGCCGGUACCGCACCGCCUUCACCCGGGAGCAGAUAGCUCGUUUGGAGAAGGAGUUCUACCGGGAGAACUACGUGUCCAGGCCGCGGAGGUGCGAGCUGGCGGCGGCACUGAACCUGCCCGAGACUACCAUCAAGGUGUGGUUCCAGAACCGGCGGAUGAAGGACAAACGGCAGCGCCUCGCCAUGACUUGGCCCCACCCGGCAGACCCGGCCUUCUACAGCUACAUGAUGAGCCACGCCGCCGCGACCGGCAACCUUCCCUACCCGUUCCCUUCACACCUGCCCUUGCCCUACUACUCCCCGCUCACCUCCUCCCCCGCCUCCUCACCGUUCCCCAACCCCCUGCGCUCCCUAGACAGCUUUCGGAUGCUGUCUCACCCGUACCAGCGCCCGGAGCUGCUGUGCGCCUUCAGACACCCCUCCCUGUACCCGGGCCCGCCGCACGGCCUCGGUCCCGGGGGUAGUCCUUGCUCUUGCCUCGCCUGUCAGUCCAGCAGCCUCGCCUCCAGGCCGGCCCCGACUCCUGCUUCGGACUUUGCGUGUUCGCCCACGAGCAGAACUGACGCGUUUGUGACGUUUACGCCCGCCGUGCUCAGCAAAUCCUCCUCGGUGACGUUGGACCAGCGAGAGGAAGUGCCCCUCACUAGAUAAAUAUUCAGAAUCCUGGAACAGCAUGAACAAAUGUACGGACUAUAGUGCUAUUUUCAGACGUUAUGAAUCAAUGGGGACUUCAACAUAGCGGACACUAAAAUGGAAACCUGUUAUGAUUAUUUCUCGUCUUUUUACGCAUCCGUAUCACAGCCCACGCGAUGUAUUCAUGCUCUUCUUUAACAAGGAGAGGAUCUGUCUCAUUAGACGUGACUGGGGGCCCCCGCGCACUCCAAAAAGGGCCUUUCAAAUUAGCCGUAUGUAAGGCAGGGGGCUUGGAUUCUGAAUUAAUGAUAAUACCAGGAAGAAUAAAGAUGGAGAUGGAAAUGACGGUGUACGGUAACAAGGCGUCAGGGGAACGGAUUACAGUGAAACCGGGAGAGGACAAUCAUACGGGAACACCCCUCCUCACGCCACCAAACCCGGAUACAGAUAUGUGAUUAAUAUAUACCGUAUAGAAGCAUAUGUCCAGUUAUUUUUAUGGCUUCGAAAUGCUAUUAUUCAAGAAAAAAAAAACUGUUUUUGUUUUGUUUUGUUGGAUGGGUUGUUCAA